AGGGCAUUUCAGUAUUGAUCCAAGAAAAAAUUACUUCUAAUCUCAGCCGUUAUUGAAUGAUUUAAGUGGAUCAGAUUAAAAGUUCACAUAUAAAAUCACGAGACUCCUCGUGGGGCGUGGCUUGAUUACCAUGAAGACGUGGCAAUUUUGAACCAAUAACAAUAGCACGAAAGAUUUCACGAUAUCUUUCCCCGGCGAAGCCAAGCUUGAAUCUCAGAAUUCCAUGGCUGCAUUAUCUUCUCAUUCGCCUUCUUCGCUAACUCUGUCACCCUUAUUUUGCAAACCCAAAGCCCCACACUCUCUUUCGAAGUCAUCUAUUUCCUUUAAUCAACAGAGAAGAUCUUUGAGACUCGUGGGGUCGAUUUCGAUCUCUAACCCGCCGGGGGUCCUCACCGGACCACGCCCCGAUGACCUGGUCGAUUCCAUUCUCUCCAAGGUGAGUCAAACGGACGGAGGAGUUUCUCUAACACAAGAGGGACACCAAGAGGUGGCGCAGGUCGCUCAGGAGUUGCAGGAGUACUGCACUUCUGAACCAGUGAAGAGCCCUCUUAUCUAUGGAGAGUGGGAUGUUGUGUACUGUUCAAGGCCAACAUCUCCGGGAGGUGGCUACAGAAGCGCAUUGGGUCGCCUGUUCUUCAGAACCAAAGAGAUGAUUCAGGCUGUAGAGGCUCCUGACACUGUGAGAAAUAAGGUGUCAUUCUCGGCUUUUGGGUUCCUCGAAGGAGAGGUGUCUUUGAAAGGGAAGUUGAAGGCCUUGGAUGGUGAAUGGAUUCAAGUAAUCUUCGAGCCUCCUGAGCUGAAAGUAGGAGCCUUGGACUUCAGAUAUGGGGGGCAGAGUGAGGUAAAGCUGCAGAUCACGUACGUAGACGAGAAGAUCCGACUGGGUAAAGGUUCCAAGGGCUCCUUGUUUGUUUUUCAAAGAUGCAAUUAGCCAACAUGAAAUUAUGAAGUGUAUUCCAUUGUAUCUGCCCUGCAAAAAUGAUAUCUGCAGUUUUUCAUGUGAAUCUGAUCUGAAGAUAACAUCGUCAUCAUGGAUAAAUUUUAUUACUAUCU